AUGCUCACGACCCAAUCACCGCCGUUUCACUCCUUGCCACUGUACGCUCACGCUCACGAUCCAACCACCGUCGUUUCCCAGCCACCAUCAUCGAUCGCCGUUUGCCGUUUCCGAAGGUUUUCGACCGCCGUUUCCGUUCGUUUUUCCGCCGUUUCAAACCAAACCUCAGCCGCCGCUCACCAUCACCAUCGUGCCAAACCUCAGCCGCCAGUCCCUCUCGCGCGACCUCCCUUCCUCUCUUCUCACACCGCCUUCAAAUUCUUCAUCCUCUCGCCUCACUCUCAACCGCUUCCUUUCAUCUGCCGCCGCUUCUCUUCGCGUCUCCAGCAUUCAACAUUUCGCAAACUGUUCGAUGCUGCUAUUGAACUUGGAAGAGAAUUGGUUUCAAGAAAUAUUGAUUUAGUUUAUGGAGGAGGCAGCAUUGGUUUGAUGGGGUUGGUUUCUCAAGCUGUUUACGACGGCGGUCGACAUGUAAUUGGUUGUGGAGAAUCAGAUGAAACAAAUUCAGAAAAUUCGCAAAUGGAUGAAGUGAUAUCGACAUUAGCGAAAAAUGGUGUGAAUUUUGUGAACUCGGCUACGAGAGUUAAGACGAAAAAAGGAAAGCCUAAAACGGCAAUGAGGAUCGAUAUUCCGGCCACCACUCCAACAAAGGCUAUCACAGCUGUUACUUCUAUUUUGUGGGAAGAUUUAGUGAAUAGUCCUGUAAAAGAUGGGUAUGGUGAGUUUAUUAAUAAGAGAAAAAUCCAAUAUGCUGAGAAGAUGAUUAGAAGUGCUUUUGUUGAGCUUUAUAAAGGUCUUGGCCUUCUCAAAACUUACAGCUCACUGAAUAUAGUUGCAUUUUCAAAGAUCCUCAAAAAGUUUGACAAGGUAGCAUGCCAAACAGCUUCUGCUAGUUACUUAAAAACAGUGAAAAGAUCACAUUUCAUCAGUUCAGAUAAGGUUGUUAGACUAAUGGAUGAAGUGGAAUCCAUUUUCACAAAGAACUUUACUAGCAAUGAUAGAAAAAAAGCAAUGAAGUUUUUAAAACCUCAAGUGCAGAAAGGUUCUCAUAUGGUCACUUUCUUUGUCGGUUGA